AAUUCGACUGGCAUCCGGGCAACUUUUAUCUUCUUUGCUAAGACAUUCACCGGCAAUACCGCAGUUGCAUCUUCGAAGUGAAUUGAGAAGGUUCUUCUAAUUUUUAGAAAUAUUAUUGUCUCAGUUUAACCACAUCCUUUGAAAAGUGAAUUUUUUUUUUUUUUAUUUUGUUAAAGUUUUUUUGAAUUUUUUAUCUGGAAAAUACAAGUGAAAUUAUGACACCCAAGAAUUUACUCUUCUUUUCCAUUGCUGGAAUAGUUUGGAGCUGUGUACUGGGUCUUCAGAGACCAGCACCAAGAUAUUCACAACAAUUUAUGCCGGAAACAACAUUUACCUGUCGCAACAAAAUCGUGGGUAGCUACUAUGCUGAUCCUGAGACUGACUGCCAGUUGUUCCACGUGUGUGUUUCCGUUGCUGGUUUCAUACAGGACUAUAAAUUCUUGUGUCCAAAUGAUACAGCAUUUGAUCAAGAAAGUCAAACAUGUGCCGAUUGGUAUGACGUUGAUUGUGAAGCAGCAACACUCUACUAUGCAAGUGAUAAUUUCGAUUUAUAUCGUCUUGGAUCUGGCCUUGAAUCACUUCACUAUGACUCAAUACGCACCGAUGCCGAGCCACAAGAUCAUCUUCAACGCAGUGAAUCAAAUGAUCCAAUAAGAUCACCAGUUAAUUUAAAUCGUGUUGCAUCAACAACAAGUAAUUACAAUUCACCAAGUAAUAGUAACAAAGGUGAUAUUCUACGUGCAAGCUCUAGUAGUAAUUUUUACAAUAGUAGAAAUAAUGGUAAAGAUGAUGAAGAUUAUGAAAAUGAAAAAACAUAUCAAGAACCAAUUCCAGCACCUAAAAAAAAAUUAGGUGUACGUAAAAUUGCUAGAAAACAACAAUAUUACAAUAAUAAUAAUAAUUUAAAUAAUGGUAAUAAUUAUGUAUCAUCAUCAUCAACAACAACAACAACUGUAGCACCACCAAAACUGCCAUCACCAUCACCAACAUCAUCAUCAUCAUUACAAAAUAAUUAUAGAAAUUAUAAUACUAAUCAAAGAACCACUUUUGUAUCAUCAACCACAACAGCUCGUCCAAUUCAGGAAUUUAGUAAAAUUCAAAAUAAUCAAAAAUACAAUUCACCAACAACGACAUUUAGACCAGCAUCAUCAUCAUCUCCUCAACAAUCAUACAGUACAACAUUUUAUGCAUCAAGUACCACACCUCAACCCACAACAUACACUAAUAAUUAUAAUAAUAAUAAUUACAAUUCACAUCAACAAACCACAAGUAAUAACAACAAUAAUAAUUAUGUGGCUCAGAGUACAUCAUCAACAACAAUCAAGCCAAUUUCUUUCAAUCAAAAUUAUCAACAAAGUGUAGUAACAACACAAAAACCAACAACAUACAAUCAAAAUUAUCAAGCUAAUUUUAAUAAUCAUAAUACAUUUAAUAAUAAUAAUAAUCAGAAUAAACAAUUAAAUCAACAAAAUUUACGACAACAAUCAACAACAUUUGAACCAACAUCAAAUUAUCAACAAACUGAAACAACAAAUUAUCAAACAAGAAAUUAUAAUAGUAAUAAUAAUGUACAAAGAUCAACAGUAGCACCAGUAUUUCCAACAACAAUAUUGCCAACAACUGAUUAUGAUAAUUAUGAUAAUAAUGAUAAUCAAUAUACUGGUAAAGCAAAUUUUGUAACACAAAAACAAAGUAGUGUAUCACCAACAACAACAACAACGAAAUAUUAUCAAAAUUAUUCACCUACAACUUAUUCAAGUGUUGCUAAAAAAAUUGAUAAUGGUAAUUCACGUGGUGGUGAUCGUUACAAUGCACAAGAUAAUGAUAAUGGACAAUAUUAUGAUAAAAAUAAUUCAGCAAAAUCAAGUCAAUAUUUCGAUUCAACAAAAUCACCAAAAAAAGUUACACAAUUUAAUAAUGGUAAAUUUUUUGAAUCAAGUACUGCACUUUAUGAUUUAUCAAGAGCUCAAACUGGACUUGGAUUUAGUCCAGCAAGUGUUAAUUUACUUGCUGAAUUACCAAAAACAACAACACCAUCAUCAAAUAGACGAAAUGGUUCACCCACCACUUACAACCCAAACAGUUUCAAUGGCAAUAAUAAUCAACGUUCAUCUCAUCAUCAUCAACAACAAUCAACAACACAAAGAGUUACAGCUUUCCCAAGUACAACAUCAAAGCCAGUAUCAUCAACAACAAAAUUUAUUGAUGCAACAACAGCCAAAUCCAAGGCCUCUAAAAAAAGUGACUAUGAUUAUGCAUAUUAUGACAAUGCAAGUGCUCUUGAAUAUGACAGUCUUGAUCUCGAACAUGUUGCUGGUGGCAAAGAAUCAUCAAAACUUCCAAGAAAUUAAAAUAAUUUAUAAUUAAUUAUUAGAUAUUUGUCGUUUGUUUGUUUUUUUUUUUUUUUUUUUUUUUUUUUAAUUUUAAAGUUUAUUAUUUUAAUUUUAUAAAUGAAUUUGAUUAAUAAUCACAGAAAUUUCUAGCUUGUUUUUCAAAGCAACAGUGAUUUUAAUUUUUUUUUUUUAUGAUAGAAAAUACGUGUCCUUGAUUUAAUCAAGUCUUUGGUAAAUUAAAUAAUAUUUUUAAUUUAUUAAAGACUGAUUUGGACAGAUGAAUAAACGGAUAUGGGAAUACUUGAAGAUAUGCUCAAAAUUUUUAUCAUCAUAAUUCGUGCGAGAAUAUCUUUCGAUAAUUAUUUCAAAC